UCAGUACGUUUUGAGUUGUGCUUCGCGACGGUUGCUGAUCUUUCAAGUGCUACGACGAAUACGAAAUAUGAAAUACAAGUUUGCCACCAAUUGAGCAUCUAAGCGAACAACAACACUACAAGCAAAAAAAAAAUAAAUCAGAAAAUAAAAAACAAAAACGUCUCUGUAUUUGUCUCUAUCUCUGGCUGUGCCUCUAUCUCUCCGUGCCGUGAAUAAGUGUGUGUGUGUGUGCUAAGCUUUUACGCUCCCGCUCCCACUGCCGCUUCGGUUACCGCUCUACGCUCAAUACGCUCCCGCUCCCGUUCACGAUCAAGUGUGCCGCCGUCUGUCAGUGUGUGCGUGCGACGACAGUGCCACCGUUUGUCAUUUUCAACUUGAACUAUGGUUCGCGCAUACGUAUAACAAAAACACAAAAAUCAAACACACUAUAACAAUAUUUAAAAAUAAGUAUUUCGACAUUCCGACGUGGAAAUUAGGAGACACCACAAAAAAUAAAUACACAUUCAUACACACCUACGUAAUUUAGUCGUUAAACUUAGUGCCAAACCAAGCGAUAAUUGUGAUUAAUAACAACGAAAAUAUAUACAUAGAUACAUAUAUAUAACGAAAGCGAAAUAAACGAAAACGAGUACGAGUAACAAAAGACCAUAACAAAUAUCUAUAAUUUUGUUAAAGUCAUUAUAAUAACAACAAGCACACACAUUUUUCACGACACACAGUCAGCGAUUACCUCAUCUGUGUGAAAAUAUAGCAAGCAAAAUGGUAUCAAAAAGCAAUAAAAAGAAACAAGUGUCGCAGUCGCAGUCGCAGCAGCAGCAGCAGCAGCCGCCGCCAGCAACAUCGAGCACAACAACAUCAACAACGGCCUCGGCGACCAAAUUAACCAAAAAACUGGGGCCAAAUGCGAUGGCCACGCUAACAACGAACAGCAGCUCCACUUCCAUGGAACACGAAUCGGUUUCUUAUGGCAUACCAGAGACUGGUCCAAGCACCAGCACUGGGGGUGGUGGCACUCUAUUGGCUUCGUCCUCCUCGACUGCUGCAGGCGGUAAAAGCUACAGCUCCAGUUCAUACACAUCGAAAUCUCAGUCACAGUCACAGCAAUCGGAGCAGCUAUAUCAUAGUAGCAGCACCAGCAAGAUCUCGAGGGAUUAUUCCAACGAGAAGAUCAUAUCAUCUAUUGAUCUGCUCGAAAGUGAAAAAAAGGAACCGGUCUUCUCUGUCCCCAUUGAGGUGGUCGAGAUCACAACACCUGGUGGCGGUGGCAGCAGCGGUGUCAUAAUGUCGUCUGCCAGUGGCAGCGGCAGCAUUUCCAAAAUGUAUGCCUCCUCGUCAAAAACGUCAAGUCAGCAGCAGGCGAGCUCAAGCUCCAGCUACUUUGAGUCGACAACCAGUUCGAGUCAGCAGCCGCAGCAACAGCAGCAGCAGAUACAGCAACAGCAACAGCGCAGCAGCAGCAGCAACAGCGCAAGCGAAACGCUCAUUGCAAGCGAGAGAGCGGCUACCGGUAUGACAUCAUCGUCGUCGCUGUCGAGCAGCAAAUAUGUAGAUGUUGCCGAACAGGUUGCUAUCGAUAGCAGCAACAGCAACAGCAACAGAAAGAGCACGAAUAUCAACACCAACACCAUCAAGAGCAGCAACAUGAAUACCAGUCAGAGUCACAGUCACAGCACAAACAUCAACAGCAGCAACGUCAGCAAUACUAACAUCAUCAGCAGCAGCAGCGAAUCUCAGAGCGUGGCCAAGUCAGCUGCUGUGGGUGCUUUGGAUACGUCAUCGUCAGCAACGACAACGAUGACGUCGUCGCAGCGCAUGGUCCGCGAACCGGUCGCGACCACAACAAACGCGACCAACGCAGCGACGUCAUCAACGACCGACACACGACGUAACGAUAAAGUGGCCAGCACAGCUGUUAGUGCUAGUGAUGUGAGUGUGGACAGAGUAACGUCCAGCAACAAACAGGUCAGCGAAAGCACCAUCAAUCAGAGCAGCAGCACCAGCAAACUGUCAACAACGUCGUCCAAGAAAGAAGUCUACGAUGUGAAGACAAAAACCUGGAGCGAGUAUAGCGAUGGCACCUCACGGACCACCAACAAAAAGGCGCCUACAUUUGAGCGUUACGUUAGUAAGGAUUCGGAUGGCACUACGAAAGUGACAUAUAAGAAGAAGAUUUACGACAGACGCAACAAUAGGUGGCGCGUGGUCGAUGAGCGCACCGUGGACAGCACUAAUGAUGUGGGCUAUCCCGAAAUAGUCGAUGAUGUCAUAAAUACCACAACCACAACAUAUACGACAAAGGUGUACGAUACGAAGCUCGGCAAGUGGACGGUCGUCGACGAGAAAUCGUACACUGAUACGAAAGCCUUUGUACCGAAUGACAUUGCUCGUGAAAUCGAAAAAGAUAAUACCGAUGUGGCAAACAUAACGACCACCACUGAAGUGACAAAGAUAUUUGAUGCGAGCAUUAACGAUUGGCGCGUUUUGGAUGAAAAGGUGCACACCGAUGUCAUUGAAAAAAUUGUGGAAGCUCCCAAAAAGACUAUAUAUGUUGACGAGUUUGUGGAAAUUGAAAAGAACACAUCCAUUUCGGAAAACAAUGAGAAUAUAACCUUGAAUCUGAACGAAACAUCGAAACACAAAAAUAUUACUGAGAAUAUUUAUGAUGAACUCGAUUAUGUCCGGACUGACAAAAAGCGUUUAGACGAUUCAGUUACCCGUGGAGUCGAAAAAAACAAAUUCACGACACACAGCGAGCGGUGCAUCUGCGAAAUCUGCACUUGCGGACGUCAUCACUGUUCUACUAGCAAAACGAAAUCUACUGAAAACACCAUUGUCGAAGUAGAUGAUAACGUCGACGAAACUUACACAAGGAUACGGACAAACACUUGGUCAAAGAAAGAUGAACACACUUCCAAGAAUAAUGAAGAUAUUCUCGUUGAUUAUAUUGUCAUAAAGAAACCAGAAGAUAAUCUGAAAACUGGAGGUGAAUUCACAGCCCCAGAAAAAGAACCCUAUAGGCCAGGCGAAAAACGUGAGAAAAUCAUACAUACUGAUACUUUACGUUUGGAUGGAGAAAUGACUUUUGUAGAAAAAGAAGAGUAUCAAUUUGUUACCCGUCCUGGAUAUGUCAAGCCGUCAGAUAAUCUCAAACAAGAGGGAGAAUUCUAUAGCCCGGAGAAACCAAAGUACCAGCCUGGAGAACGUCCUUCUCAAGUUAGGCCAGAGGAUAACUUGAAAAACGAAGGAGAAUUUUAUGUACCAGAAAAACCUGGGUAUAGACCUGCAGAACGUCCCGUUCAGAAAAAGCCGGAAGAUAACUUGAAAAACGAGGGCGAAUUUUAUACUCCAGAAAAACCAGGAUAUAGACCUGCAGAGCGGCCUGUGCAAAAGAAGCCAGAAGAUAACUUAAGGAACGAAGGAGAAUUCUAUGUUCCAGAAAAACCGGGCUUUAAACCUGCGGAGAGGACUGAGAGAAUUAUAAGAAAAGAUAACCUGCGAAACGAAGGUGAAAUGACUUUCAUUGAGAGGGAAGAGUAUCAAUAUGUAGUUCGCCCAGAGCAGGUGAAGCCAACUGAUAACUUGAAGAACGAGGGUGAAUUUUACGCUCCAGAGAAACCUCAGUAUAGGCCAGGAGAGCGUCCGUCUCAAGUUAGACCCGAAGACAACCUUAAGAAUGAAGGCGAAUUCUAUACACCUGAGAAACCCAAAUUCAGACCUGCAGAACGUCCAUCUCAAGUCAGACCAGAAGAUAAUUUGAAAAACGAAGGUGAAUUCUAUGUUCCCGAGAAGCCUGGAUAUAAGCCAGCAGAACGCCCUGUCCAAAAGAAGCCUGAAGAUAAUCUAAAGAAUGAAGGCGAAUUUUACGCUCCAGAGAAACCACAGUAUAGGCCAGGAGAGCGGCCCUCCCAAGUUAGACCUGAAGACAACCUUAAGAAUGAAGGCGAAUUCUAUACACCUGAGAAACCCAAAUUCAGACCUGCAGAACGUCCAUCUCAAGUAAGACCAGAAGAUAAUUUGAAAAACGAAGGUGAAUUCUAUGUUCCUGAGAAGCCUGGAUAUAAGCCAGCAGAACGCCCUGUCCAAAAGAAGCCUGAAGAUAAUCUAAAGAAUGAAGGCGAAUUCUACGCUCCAGAGAAACCACAGUAUAGGCCAGGAGAGCGGCCCUCCCAAGUUAGACCUGAAGACAACCUUAAGAAUGAAGGCGAAUUCUAUACACCUGAGAAACCCAAAUUCAGACCUGCAGAACGUCCAUCUCAAGUAAGACCAGAAGAUAAUUUGAAAAACGAAGGUGAAUUCUACGUACCCGAGAAGCCUGGAUAUAAGCCAGCAGAACGCCCUGUCCAAAAGAAGCCUGAAGAUAAUCUAAAAAAUGAAGGCGAAUUCUACGCUCCAGAGAAACCACAGUAUAGGCCAGGAGAGCGUCCCUCCCAAGUUAGACCUGAAGACAACCUGAAGAAUGAAGGCGAAUUCUAUACACCUGAGAAACCCAAAUUUAGACCUGCAGAACGUCCAGUUCAAAAGAAACCCGAGGACAAUUUAAAGAAUGAGGGAGAGUUCUACGCUCCAGAAAAGCCAAAGUAUGUGCCUGGAGAACGUCCGUCUCAAGUAAGACCAGAAGAUAACUUGAAAAAUGAAGGCGAUUUCUACACCCCGGAGAAACCUCAAUUCAGGCCAGCAGAACGUCCAGUUCAGAAAAAACCUGAAGACAAUUUGAAGAAUGAAGGUGAAUUUUAUGUCCCAGAAAAACCAGGAUUUAGGCCUGCAGAAAGAAUUGAAAAAAUCAUCAGAAAGGAUAAUCUGCGCAACGAGGGAGAAAUGACGUUUGUAGAGAGGGAAGAGUAUCAAUAUGUUGUUCGACCAGAUCAAGUAAGACCCACAGAUAACUUAAAGAAUGAAGGGGAAUUUUUCGCACCAGAGAAGCCGAAGUACACGCCAGCGGAGCGACCAGCCCAAGUCAGGCCAGAAGAUAAUUUGAAAAACGAAGGAGAAUUUUAUGUUCCUGAAAAACCAGGAUAUCAACCAGCCGAGAGAAUUGAAAGAAUUAUCAGAAAGGAUAACUUACGUAAUGAAGGUGAAAUGACGUUCGUGGAAAGGGAAGAAUAUCAGUAUGUUGUUCGUCCAGAGCAAGUCAGACCAAUCGACAAUUUGAAAAAUGAAGGAGAAUUCUACACACCCGAGAAACCGAAGUUCAAACCUGCAGAGCGUCCAGUUCAGAAGAAACCGGAGGAUAACUUGAAGAAUGAGGGAGAAUUCUACGCACCUGAGAAACCGAAAUACACACCGGGAGAAAGACCUAGUCAAGUUAGACCAGAGGAUAACUUGAAGAAUGAAGGCGAGUUUUACACUCCAGAGAAACCUCAAUUUAGGCCAGCAGAACGUCCAGUCCAAAAGAAACCGGAGGAUAACUUGAAGAAUGAGGGAGAAUUUUACGCUCCGGAGAAACCGAAAUACACACCGGGAGAAAGACCGAGUCAAGUUAGACCAGAAGAUAACUUGAAAAAUGAGGGCGAAUUCUAUGCACCAGAGAAACCUCAAUUUAGGCCAGCGGAACGCCCAGUUCAGAAGAAACCCGAGGAUAACUUAAAGAAUGAAGGAGAAUUCUAUGCUCCAGAGAAACCUAAAUACACACCCGGAGAGAGACCAAGUCAAGUUAGGCCAGAAGAUAACUUAAAGAAUGAAGGCGAAUUCUACACUCCCGAGAAACCUCAAUUUAGGCCAGCAGAACGCCCAGUUCAGAAGAAACCCGAGGACAACUUGAAAAAUGAAGGAGAAUUUUAUGUGCCAGAGAAACCAGGAUUUAGACCAGCGGAGAGAAUUGAAAGAAUUAUCAGAAAGGAUAACUUGCGUAAUGAAGGAGAAAUGACGUUUGUGGAGAGAGAAGAAUAUCAAUAUGUUGUUCGCCCAGAACAAGUGAGACCAACUGAUAACUUGAAGAAUGAAGGCGAAUUUUACACUCCGGAGAAACCGAAAUUCAGGCCAGCAGAGCGUCCAGUUCAGAAGAAGCCUGAGGAUAAUCUAAAGAAUGAAGGAGAGUUUUACGCACCGGAGAAGCCUAAAUACAUGCCAGGAGAACGACCAAGUCAAGUUAGACCAGAAGAUAACUUAAAGAAUGAAGGUGAAUUCUACACUCCAGAGAAACCUCAAUUUAGGCCAGCAGAACGUCCAAUCCAAAAGAAACCGGAGGAUAACUUGAAGAAUGAGGGAGAAUUCUACGCUCCGGAGAAACCGAAAUACACACCGGGAGAGAGACCGAGUCAAGUUAGACCAGAAGACAAUUUGAAAAAUGAAGGCGAAUUUUAUGCUCCAGAAAAACCACAGUUCCGGCCUGCAGAACGUCCAGUUCAGAAGAAACCGGAGGAUAAUUUGAAGAAUGAGGGAGAAUUCUACGCUCCUGAAAAACCGAAAUACACACCAGGAGAGCGACCGAGUCAAGUUAGACCAGAAGAUAAUUUGAAAAACGAGGGUGAAUUCUAUACUCCAGAGAAACCCAAGUACAAGCCAGCAGAAAGACCAACUCAAGUUAGGCCGGAAGAUAAUUUGAAAAACGAAGGAGAAUUCUAUGUUCCAGAGAAACCAGGAUAUCGACCAGCAGAGAAAAUUGAAAGAAUUAUCAGAAAGGAUAACUUGCGCAAUGAAGGAGAAAUGACGUUUGUGGAGAGAGAAGAAUAUCAAUAUGUUGUUCGCCCAGAGCAAGUGAGACCAACUGAUAACUUGAAGAAUGAAGGCGAAUUUUACACUCCGGAGAAACCGAAAUUCAGGCCAGCAGAGCGUCCAGUUCAGAAGAAGCCUGAGGAUAAUCUAAAGAAUGAAGGAGAGUUUUACGCACCGGAGAAGCCUAAAUACAUGCCAGGAGAACGACCAAGUCAAGUUAGACCAGAAGAUAACUUAAAGAAUGAAGGCGAAUUCUACACUCCAGAGAAACCUCAAUUUAGGCCAGCGGAACGCCCAGUUCAGAAGAAACCCGAGGAUAACUUAAAGAAUGAGGGAGAAUUCUAUGCUCCAGAGAAACCUAAAUACACACCCGGAGAGAGACCAAGUCAAGUUAGACCAGAGGAUAACUUGAAGAAUGAAGGCGAAUUUUACACACCAGAGAAGCCUCAAUUUAGGCCAGCAGAACGUCCAGUUCAGAAGAAACCAGAAGACAAUUUAAGGAACGAAGGUGAAUUCUACGCCCCGGAGAAGCCUAAAUACAUGCCAGGAGAACGACCAAGUCAAGUUAGACCAGAAGAUAACUUAAAGAAUGAAGGCGAAUUCUACACUCCAGAGAAACCUCAAUUUAGGCCAGCGGAACGCCCAGUUCAGAAGAAACCCGAGGAUAACUUAAAGAAUGAAGGAGAAUUCUAUGCUCCAGAGAAACCUAAAUACACACCCGGAGAGAGACCAAGUCAAGUUAGGCCAGAAGAUAACUUAAAGAAUGAAGGCGAAUUCUACACUCCCGAGAAACCUCAAUUUAGGCCAGCAGAACGCCCAGUUCAGAAGAAACCCGAGGACAACUUGAAAAAUGAAGGAGAAUUUUAUGUGCCAGAGAAACCAGGAUUUAGACCAGCGGAGAGGACUGAAAAAAUCAUUCGUCAGGAUAACUUGCGUAACGAAGGGGAAAUGACGUUUGUGGAGAAAGUAGAGUAUCAAUAUGUUGUUCGACCUGAACAAGUUAAGCCAACCGAUAACUUGAAGAAUGAAGGAGAAUUCUAUGCACCAGAAAAGCCCAAGUACUUGCCUGGAGAACGACCAAGCCAAGUCAGACCAGAAGAUAAUUUGAAGAACGAGGGCGAAUUCUACACGCCCGAGAAGCCAAAAUUCCGACCUGCUGAGCGUCCAGUUCAGAAGAAACCGGAAGACAACUUGAAGAAUGAAGGCGAUUUCUACGCUCCGGAGAAGCCCAAAUAUAUACCAGGAGAACGGCCAAGUCAAGUUAGACCCGAAGAUAACUUGAAGAAUGAAGGCGAAUUCUACACACCCGAGAAACCCAAGUUUAAACCGGCCGAACGUCCAGUUCAGAAGAAGCCCGAGGACAAUUUGAAAAAUGAAGGAGAAUUUUAUGUACCAGAGAAACCAGGAUUUAGACCAGCGGAGAAAACUGAAAGAAUUAUUCGAAAGGAUAACUUGCGUAACGAAGGGGAAAUGACGUUUGUGGAGAAAGUAGAGUAUCAAUAUGUUGUUCGACCUGAACAAGUUAAGCCAACCGAUAACUUGAAGAAUGAAGGAGAAUUCUAUGCACCGGAAAAGCCCAAGUACUUGCCUGGAGAACGACCAAGUCAAGUCAGACCAGAAGAUAAUUUGAAGAACGAGGGCGAAUUCUACACGCCCGAGAAACCAAAAUUCCGACCUGCAGAGCGUCCAGUUCAGAAAAAACCGGAGGACAACUUGAAGAAUGAAGGCGAUUUCUACGCUCCAGAGAAGCCCAAAUAUAUACCAGGAGAACGGCCAAGUCAAGUUAGACCCGAAGAUAACUUGAAGAAUGAAGGCGAAUUCUACACACCCGAGAAACCCAAGUUUAAACCGGCUGAACGUCCAGUUCAGAAGAAACCAGAAGACAAUUUGAAGAAUGAAGGCGAAUUUUAUGCUCCGGAAAAGCCAAAAUACAUGCCAGGUGAACGACCAUCUCAAGUUAGACCAGAAGAUAACUUGAAGAAUGAAGGCGAUUUCUACACUCCAGAGAAACCUAAAUUCCGGCCUGCAGAACGUCCAGUUCAAAAAAAACCUGAAGACAAUUUGAGGAAUGAAGGCGAAUUCUAUGUUCCAGAAAAACCAGGAUUUAGGCCUGCGGAGAAAAAUGAAAGAAUCAUUCGGAAAGACAACUUGCGUAACGAAGGGGAAAUGACGUUUGUGGAGAAAGAAGAAUAUCAAUAUGUUGUUCGACCGGAACAGGUUAGGCCAACAGACAAUUUGAAAAAUGAAGGCAAAUUUUACGCUCCUGAGAAACCUAAGUAUUUGCCCGGUGAACGCCCAUCUCAAGUUAAGCCUGAAGAUAACUUAAAGAAUGAAGGCGAAUUCUAUACACCAGAAAAGCCCAAGUUCAAGCCUGCCGAACGACCAGUUCAGAAGAAGCCGGAAGAUAAUUUAAAGAAUGAAGGGGAAUUCUAUGCGCCAGAAAAACCUAAGUAUAGGCCAGGAGAUCGUCCAUCCCAAGUCAGACCAGAAGAUAACUUGAAAAAUGAAGGCAAGUUCUACGUUCCUGAAAAACCUGGCUUCAAACCUGCUGAGCGACCUGUUCAAAAGAAACCAGAGGAUAACUUGAAAAAUGAAGGAGAAUUCUUUACUCCAGAGAAACCAAAGUAUAGGCCAGCAGAAAAAACGGAAAGAAUCAUCAGAAAAGACAACCUACGUAAUGAGGGGGAAAUGACCUUUACUGAAAAGAAGGAGUACCAGUAUGUUGUUCGUCCGGAACAGGUUAGACCAACGGAUAACUUGAAGAACGAAGGAGAAUUCUACGCUCCAGAAAAACCUGGCUUUAAGCCUGCAGAAAGACCUAAACAAAAGAAACCGCAAGAUAAUUUGAAAACUCCUGAGGGCAAAAUGUAUAUUCCUGAAAAGGAAGAAUUUAAACCUGCAGACAAGGUCAAGACUAUUAUCAGGAAAGACAACUUAAAGAAUGAGGGCACAAUGACAUUUACAAAGAAAGAAGAAUACCAUUACACAACUAGACCCGAUCAGGUAAAGCCAAGUGAUAACUUAAAGAUGGAUGGACCAUUUUAUGCGCCUGAGAAACCUACAUUCAAACCUGCAGAGCGACCGACUCAGAAAAAACCCAAGGAUAAUUUGAAACAAGAAGGUGAAUUUUAUAAAAGAACUGAUAGAACUGAAACCGAUAGCACUACACUGGAGACCGUUAGAAGGGAGACACCAAAGCGACCGGUGGAUAAUUUGAAGUUAGAAGGCCCUAUGUCAGUGACAAGAAAAGAUGAUUACAAAACGACUUCUAAUAAGACUACAGUGGAUAGGGUUCAGCGAACACAGAAAUACAAACAUAAUAGCUCAUCGAUUAGUUUGGGAACGGAUACAACCAUUCUAAAGACAACCAACCAGAUGAACUUUGUGUCUGGCAAGGAUGCAGUUAAACAAACGGAUGCCAACAGCCAGAAUCCAGUCGAUGGCCUUAUUAUUGUAUCUACAAAGAAGGUCACCACUGUAGUUGGUGGUCGAGCUAAAAAGGAACCGGAAACCGAGUAUGUGAAGAGACCAGCAAAAAUAAAUGUCAUCGAGAAUGUGUCAAAGAAAUCGACUACAACCAACAUUGAGAAUACUCAGAACAUACAUAAAGAGACAACAUCGAUGCAAAGAAAUCUCAAUAUUGUUGAUAAAUCAACAGUAAAUUCUGAAAGGAUUCGCGGAUCGACAAUUGACAGAAACGCCCUUGAGUCCUCCACAUCGACAACAAAUCAAGGCAGUUCAGUAAUCAACAAUGUAACUGGAACUGGAGGCUCAACGACUCACUUAGUUUCUAGUAAGAAUGUUAAUGGAGGAACUACGUCUCAUGUGGUCGGUGGAAGUUCGAUAGUUAAGAAUGUGACAGAUAGCUCAAGUUCUAGAGUGAUUGAAAACAGUUCCGUAACGAAGAACGUCACAUCACGUAACCAACAUUCAGUUACAAAUAAUAUUACUGGUAGCACCACCCAUCAUGUAACUGGCAACAAUAUUACUGGUGGCUCUACAACCCAUGUAUCUGGUAAUAAUAUUACUGGUAGCACCACCCAUCAUGUAACUGGCAACAAUAUUACUGGUGGCUCUACAACCCAUGUAUCUGGUAAUAAUAUUACUGGUAGCUCAACCCAACAUGUAACAGGCAAUAAUAUUACUGGUGGCUCUACAACCCAUGUGUCUGGUAAUAACAUCACAGGCAGCACCACACAUCACGUGACUGGCAGCAAUAGCACGACCAACAAUAUUACCAACAGCUCAACGUCCCAUGUGUCUUCAUCCAAGCACUUCCAUCACAGGAAGAGCGAAUUCUCUUCCGAAGCCGAUGUCUCCAAUUCCAUAUUCCAUCGCAAGAACGUGACAAACGAUUCAAAUGCAGUCAACAGCAGCCUGACCUCGACUGGCAAGAUGCAGCGCAAGAGUAUACUAAAUCUACACGAGCAACCCUCGAGCCAAUCUAAUGAUCGCCAGAGCUACAGCAGCAUCCAUCGCCAGAAUAGGGAGACAGACUUGAAUACUAGCUAUUCUACUGAUCGUCGCAGCUGCAGCGUACACAAGGAGAACAAGGAGCAUCAGACAAAGAGUUCCUCUUCGACCAACAUGUCUCGCAUCAUAUCGGGAGGCGUUGACAACGGCAAUGCUAACAGAUCAAACCUCGAAAGGACGACGGUCACCCGCUCUUACGUCUCGGGUGGCAUUGACUUCCCCUCCCAAUCGCAUACUGAAAGACAUGUAACACGUCAUCGUGGAAGCGGUAGCCAGCAUGUGUCCAGUGGUAUCGAUUUUCCCUCCUCCUCCUAUAAUGCCCAUAGUCAUACGGAACGUGUCAUGACCUCACGUCGUGGCAAUCAAUCCUCUAUUAGUUUGGGCAACGACAAGUUCACUGGUUCCAGUCUCUACAAGAGCGAAUAUAUAACUGCCCCAACAACGACAACCUGUGCUGUGCAUAAGAUUAAACAAGGUGCAUUCCAACAUACCAGAAGUACUCACGAUCAUAAGUUCUAUAAGACCUCCAAUUAGGGGAUCUGCGCAUAUCGUUUGUACGUCUUGUCUUGUCUUCUUUACACAUAUCAUAAUCGUAUCUUAGUGCCUAAGAUUCCAUGACAAUAUUUUUUUAUACAAUAACUAAUACUUACCUAAUAAAUACAAAUAAAGCAAAAACAAAACAACAAUUGAAAUAUUACAACAUUAACAAAUAAAGCAAAAAUUGAAAAAUCA